GGUUACACUGAGGGGGGGAUUCAGUCGGCUCAUCCGAUCCGCGCAGUUCAGAGGGAGAGAGCGAGCAGCACAGUGUGUGUCAUGUUACAAAGGAGAGAGGAUCAGCCACAGCAGCACAGCUCCCAAGCGUUUGAGAAUUGCACCUUCCUAAUGGCAACUCUCUAUGUGCAACUUCUUUGCUGCCCUGACAAAUAACUGCAAGUCACCCUCACAGGAACCCACACUGCAGGCAGUACAGCAAGCGACCGGGACCUGCCCACAACUUUCUUUGAGGUGGCUCUGUAACAGAAAUACAUACUUGGAAAGGGAAAAAACACUUACUUUGGCUUCCAAUCCCACCACUAUAUCCUGCCUGGCAUUUACUGGACUGCUGCUAUUGGUUCCACCUUGGCUUCACUGGCACCCUGAAACCUGGAGAGCGCCCUUUUGUGGAUUAUUUAUUCUAUUUAUUUAUUUAUUGUACCUCUGGCCAUGGAGGGAAAGGAAGACUGCAAAGGUGCUUGUGGGAAUGGUGCCCUGGCAAGGAGUUGGGACAAUAGGCCACUCAGGGCAGGGGUGUGUGGGAAGUGGCUGCUGGGAUGUGGGGUCGCGCUUGUGUCUGUCUCUUCUCUGGCUCUCAGCCUCCUACUGUACCUGAGCACUUCGUCUCUACAGUCCAGGGUGUCUGCCCUAGAGAAGCAGAGGGUCGCUCAGCUAUCUACACUAGUCUCCACAGACCAAAUGGAGGCAGCUAUUUUAGGAAGAGUUGACCAACUGCUGGAAGAGAAGUUAAAAUCUCAUCUACCAAGGCUCCGAGAAGUAAGAGACACAAGUGCAAAAUGUCUUUGUCCGCCUGGGCCUCCUGGAGUAAGGGGCAGGAGAGGACAAAAGGGGCAGACAGGACCACCUGGUCCAAUUGGAAGGCCUGGUCUUCCGGGAGACAAAGGUGGCCUUGGGAUACCAGGACGAAUGGGAUUAAAGGGUCAUCCAGGAGAAAAGGGUGUUCCAGGAGAACCUGGCAUGUCCAUUAUAGGACCCCGUGGCCCUCCUGGACAGCCUGGAACUCGAGGUUUCCCUGGUUUCCCAGGCCCCAUAGGAUUAGACGGCAAGCCAGGACAUCCUGGGCAGAAAGGAGAAAAGGGUGAGAUGGGUCCACCUGGUCCAAAGGGACACCCAGGAACUUCAGGAGUUAAAGGGGAAAAGGGCCACUGUGGGGAUUACACGCACAGGCUGUUGCCUCUCAUUAAUACCGUGCGGGUGGCUCAGCCGUCAGUUAUUAAAAGACGGAUCUACCAGGGUGAACAGGGACAGACAGGAAUCCAAGGACCACCUGGGCUCCCAGGUCCGCCAGGGCCAUCAGGACCUCCGGGAGAUCAAGGAUUGCCUGGAGUUGCUGGAACACCUGGCAAAGCUGGGGAACCAGGUAAACCUGGAAAAGAUGGAAAAAGCUUACCUGGACCUCCAGGACCUAAGGGAGAGCCAGGAGCUUCAGGCACCCCAGGAAAAAAGGGGGAAGUGGGCGAAUCUGGCUUACUGGGGGCGCCUGGACUUCCAGGAGUUGCAGGUGCAAAGGGUGAUAAAGGAGAAGAAGGGAUGAAGGGGGAAAGAGGCAUGCCGGGAAUGCCUGGAAAACAUGGAAUUAAGGGUGAACCAGGAAUCCCAGGAGAAAAGGGUGAGAAGGGAGAUACUGGAAAUACAAUUGGUGGAGUUAAAGGAGAACCUGGAAAUCCAGGCCUACAAGGGCCACCGGGACCAAAGGGAGAAGCUGGUGAUAUUGGCCAACCUGGUGUUCCAGGGCAGCGGGGUGAAAAGGGUGCUACAGGCUCAAAGGGAGAACAAGGACUGAUAGGAUCACGAGGCCCCAAAGGAGAACCAGGGAAAUCAGAGAUGGUAGAAUACAAUGGCAACCUCAAUGAGGCAUUACAGGAAAUUCGAACAAUGGCUCUGGGUCCUCCAGGACCCCCAGGACCUCCAGGACCAAUGGGUCAAAAGGGUGAAAUAGGGUUACCGGGUCCUCCUGGCCAUGAUGGAGACAAGGGGCCAAGGGGAAAGCCUGGUGAGCCUGGACCUCUUGGUCCUCUAGGACCUCCUGGAAAGGAUGGAAUUUCAGGACCAAAGGGAGAAAUUGGCCCCAGAGGACUUCCAGGGUCAAAAGGAGAUAAGGGGGAAACGGGUUCACCCGGUCUUGAUGGCCCUACCGGAGAAAAGGGUGAACCAGGUGACCAAGGUGUUCCAGGACCCCCAGGUGUCCCUGGCCUUAUUGGGAUUCCAGGUCUUACAGGAGAGAAAGGAGACCCUGGAGAGAAAGGAGAGUCUGGGAACUCAGUGUCUGGGCCACCGGGUCCUGCUGGUGUUUCUGGGCCAGUUGGCCCUCCUGGACCAUCUGGCCAAAAGGGAGAAACUGGUGCAGCAGGGGAAAAGGGCAGCCAAGGAGAAAAAGGAGACAAAGGCCCUAUGGGUUUGCCAGGUGCAUCAGGUUUAGACGGCAGACAUGGCCCACGGGGGAUCCCUGGACCAACUGGUGUUCCAGGACCAGCCGGACCAAAAGGGGAGAGGGGUAAUAAAGGAGAUCCUGGAGUUACAGGACCAAUUGGAUCAUCAGGGCUUCCUGGUUUACUUGGACCACCUGGUGAGAAGGGAAGUCGGGGGGAAAGGGGAAAGAAAGGCUCUAGGGGUCCUAAAGGGGAUAAGGGAGACCAAGGAGCGCCUGGAUUAGAUGCACCCUGCCCGUUGGGAGAAGAUGGUUUACCAGUACAGGGCUGCUGGAACAAGGGUCAGACUCCAUGGCUUAUAGCCAAAUAAUGAAGCGCAGUUAAAUUUAAGAUGGCCGACUUGCCUUUAAGGAUGAAGACAAGUGUAUUCUUCAUGUUUGAAGAUUUGCUGAAGUUGUUUUGACUCAGGCCAACAUCUGGUGAAGAUUCUUGGAUUUUGGUGCUGUGAUAGCAAUCCUUAGUCCAGUCCGGGAGGUAUAACACCAGAUUUUACUUCAGUUUUAAUUCAGCCACGGAACUCUCCUGCAUUUUUAAUGGGAAAUGAGGCAGGGACAAGAAUCUGAUGUUCCUUUGGCUUUUUUUGUGGUCACACUCAAAAUGGGAAAAGAGCUGGACAGAGUUGGAAAAUCUUUUCCUGUUGAACUAAUGAAACGUGUAAGAGAAGAAGAAUCGGCAUAACCCUUCCUUCAGCAAUAUCCUUUGGAUGAAAAUAUAUUGGUUUUUUUAUUGCUGAUGUUGGGAAAAAACUGUUGAUCAAGGACAGACUUCUGCCAAGUACCUUUUGAUGAUUCCAUCUUUUACCCUCUUUUAUUUAAAACACACACACACUAUGCAUUUUUAUUCAAUUCAAAGACUGUGUUUUAUGAAUGCCCUAAUAAUUUACACUUGUACUACAGUACUUUUGUUGUGUUGUUUCAACUGACUGAGAUAUGUGGAUCUCUCAUUUCUAGGAUUUCAAAUCACUGCCAUGGGUAGAUGCAGCUAAUAUAUUUGUAUAGGCUCAUCUAUCUGACAACUCUGUAUACUGUUUUUCUAAUGACUUAUCUGGAUGAAACACUAUCUAUUGUGAUGAUUUUUUUUCUGUUGUAUAGCCAAUUUAGCAUUAUCUUUCUUCACUAGCCGAAAAGACAAUUUUUUACAGGAAGUAACAAAUGAAUUGAUAUAGUAAUGGCCAAACUGAAGCUGCAGAGUUCUCUUAUUCCUUUGGCUACUACAGUUCUGCAGUAGGUGUGACAUAUACAACCUACCACUGAGUGACUGAAUUCCAGCGAAGUGGGUAAACCCCAUUCAUUUUGAACAUAAUUGUCUUUCCUUUUUUAACCCCAUACACUGCCAGAAGUGCCCAUAUAGGUGCUGUUCCACUUGGGGGUUAAAACUGUUUUGGUUAAUACAAUAUAUAUAUAUAUACAUCUAUAUAUAGAGAGAUGUUUUCCUAAUGCUUUAAUAUAUAUAUAUAUGUUACUUGAAGCCAUUUUGAAAAUUUUUAAAUCAUACCGUGCUAUUUUUUACAGUCUACCAAAGUACUAGUUUGUAUCAAAAUUGUCUAAAUGAAAUGUCGUAGAAGCAUCCAACUUUAUGUGUACAGUGUAUGUGCUUUGUAUUUGUUUUGUAUUGUUGUUAUCAGUUGUCCAGGCCAGUGGUUUUUUUUUCUACUGUACUACAAUGUGCAUAGUUUGUUCUCUCUUAACAAAAGUAAUAGUAGCACACUUUCAAUGUAAACUUCAAGCAACUAUUGACUUGGAUUGCCAAAAAUAUUUAUAAAAGUAUCAGAAAAAUGUGAGUUUAAGAUUAGAAUAGAAGCAUUCAGAAGCAUAGUUAUCCCAGAUCGAAAAGACAACGGUCAAUAUAAAUGUCCAAUAGUAGUCUUGAAAUAGUGAGUGCAGUCUCUGGGUAGUUUUUAAAAAAAAUUGGGGGAAUUGCCUCUAUACAAUUUGAUAAACACUCCCUAAUGUGUCUAAAGCGUAAUAUUUUGUCAGUCUUUUUGUAGAAGACUUGUGUCUGUCUUAACAUUUCUUUAUUAGGUUUUCAUGUGUUAGCAUUCUAAAAUGCUAAUAUUACACACAGAAUGGCAUUAAGUAAAAAUAACAUAAUGUUAACUACCAAGAAGUUUGCAAAUGUUAAUCUACUUGGCAGCAUUAUCUAUCUAUAUCUACAUAUAUAUGUGUAUUAUAUUUCUGACACAUAAUUAUGCGUUUGUAUAUAUAGUGCAUGGCAACACUACUGGCAUUGGUCUAUUCAAACAUGAAGGAAAAUGAAUUCCAUUUUGAGAGAAUUCCAUUGGUUUGUUAUGAACACAUUUCUCUGGGAGAAUACUGCUAAAAUAUUUUUGUUUACAAAAUGCAGCUAAGAGUUUUUAUCAAAAACGGAUUUAUUGUGCCUGGAUGCAUUGCUUUUUAGACCAUUGAAAAGGAAUUUGCCUUGGCAAAAAUUAUUCAUGUGGAUGUCAUAUGUAUAUUAUGUCUACCUGAGAUCCUUGGCUGCUCAUGCAUGCAGACCUAGCCCUGGGCAACUAUAUUUAAAUACCCUCCCCCCCCACCCCCAAAAAAAAGGUGAAGUAGGUGAUGAAGUAGUUAGGCAGUUUCUUGAAAGCUUAAACAUAAAGUCCCAUGGUGCUGUGGAAAAAGAUUCUUGAUCUUUCAGUCAUUUCUCUCUUGAAUUUUUUUAAACAUGACAAUGAAAGAGACCAUUUUUGGUCUCGAUUUGCAAAUUGUUUCCCUAGACUUUUAAUGGUUCAGGAACUCGAGAACUCUCGACAACUUGAAUUCAAACAAUGUGCCCUUAGGUUUUAAUGGAUCUCAGCAGCUUUUUGCUUCAAAAUAUUUUAGUUCCAGUGUUGGUGAUAAGAUGAAAGAAUUAUAAAUGAAAAAAAAAACGAUAGAGAAAUUUAGUCUGUGGGAGAAAAGCUUGUCAGGUAUGAGCAUUAUUUUUAUCCUAACUGUUGAUAAAUCUGUCCUUUAGGGCAAUGACACAUGAGCAUAUUAGUCACCCCACAAUUAAUCUCCUAUAGCGGUGGUGACUAAAUCUCCCGAUUGCUUUCCCACUGGUGAUAAUGUAAAUCACCAGUCGGAAAACAUGCUUUGGUAACUUUGGAAAUUUAUCACGAGGCAACAAAUCUUAUAUGCCAUUGUCCUUAGUGUUGAUAUUAUUGAGCCACACUCUCCCAGUUUUCCAUCCCUUAAAAGCCUUCAUUGGUAGCUCAAGGUUAAAAUUUGAAUUUUACAUUUUCUGUUUGAGUUUAUAUCCAGAGUCCACAAUGCUGCCAUUACUAUUUGCCCUUGUGGAUAUAUCUUUUUGAGACAUUGCAGCAUCUUUCUAAAAUGCCAGGACAGUUCUUACCUUAUUAAUUGCUCAGAUGAACACUUGGGGCAUACCGUGAUGGAGGAGAGGAUUCAGUUUUCAGCUGAAUCCAAAUACUACAAAUUUGGCGCUACCUACAAUAAAGUGACUUAGAAUGGCCCCCAGAGGAGAAUACCAUCUAACAUAAUGUAACAAGUCCUUCUUGUCUAAGGAAAGUAAUCGGUUAUUGGAAAUGAUUAGUCAUUUAGGGAUUUUGUUUUUUUUUUAAAGAGGCAUUCAAUGAAAAUUUGGAAGUAUCUUUGGCAUUUACCUUUGUUCACAUUUAUUAUUAUUGAAAUGGUUUUGUUAUCAUAAUUGUUCUUUCUGCAAUUUUACCUUUUUUUGUACUGUUUUCUUGUACUAUAAAUGAACAUGUAAUAUACGUAAAUGUACUUGUGCUUAUACUCAUGUAUUCACAAGUAUGACUUGGGCAUUGAAUUUCUAGUCUUGUGUCAGAAACAGGCAUGUAAAAGGCUACCUUUUUGUAUUGCUUGUAUUUAAUGGAGAAUUUCAUUAAAAAUUGAAUACUGCCCUUUUAGUGGCAUUUUACUAAUA